CACGCGAACAAAAAUUUAUAAAAAUUGAUGAAAUUUUGACAGCCACAAAAUAUUCAGGCACGUGUAGAUUUCUUUUACAUUUCCCAGUAAUUUUAUUUGAUUUGUGAAACUUAUAGGAAACUGGAUAAGUUUAUCAGAAACUUUAUACCAAUUUACAACAAAAGGGCAACAAAUCCUGGUAACAUUCCGAAAACAAACUUGUCGUGUGAUGAUGAACUUGUGAACCGGCGUUGGUUGGCGUUUUCGUGACUGAGUUUUUUUGUGUUCAUUCUUUGUUCAGUAUCCAUGUCGCAAAUGAAAUAAUCAACAUAAACGUAGUGUGAGUCUCAUUAGUAUUUUCGUUUCUGUAGUGUAGUAUAUCAUUGAAGAACAAUGAUAAAAAACGAAAUGGAGAAUGGCGGCGGCGACGCUAAUUCCAAUGUGUCACCGACCAAACUCAUGGUCAAUUAUAUUCCGGAGUUGAUGACAAGAGACAUGAUGUACGCUUUGUUCUCCGCAAUGGGCAAGAUCGAGAGUUGCAAACUAAUAGCGAACAGAGGUUAUGGAUUUGUCGAAUACGAGAAACACGAGGAUGCAGAGAAGGCUCGGGCGGCGUUCAACGGCCUCCUUAUGCAAGGAAAGACUCUAAAAGUGUCAUUCGCCCUGCUCAAUCCCGAAAACAAGGUCAGUCACAAGCCCGAUACCGAAUCAAACCUCUACAUAAGCAAUCUACCUCCCGAUAUGACGCUAGAGCGUCUGAAUGCCUUGUUCGGUCAGUUCGGAAACAUCACUAACAGUCGGGUGUCGCAAGGUAUCGGUUUCGUGUGCUACGAGAGCCGGCAGCAGGCUGAGGAAGCGAUAAAACAUAUGAACGGACAGACUCCCAUACCGGGAGCCGGCGCGAUAGUGGUAAAGUUCGCGAACAAGCCCAGUGCGAAUAAGAAUGCGCCUCGGCCGACUCCGAGGGUCGGGGUGGGCGCCACGCCGCUGGCGUACAACGGUGCGGCGGCGGUGUUCAACGGGGCGGCCCCGGCCGCGUUCAACGGCACCAACUUGAGCGCCGCAUUCGGAGCGCGGCCGGCCGCGUUCGCGCCUGGUUUCCCGCAAGCCUCGCCGCCACCGCUCCUGCCGUCGCCGGGCAAGGCGCUGCCGUUCAUCAACAAGGGCCAGCAGCGCUUCAACCCCAUGGCGGCGGCCAACCACACGCCGCUGCCGCUGCUGGGCGCGCCGGCGAGCCCCGUGCCGCUGCUGGGCGCGCCGCCGGCGCCGCAUCAGACCACAGUGUAUGUAUACAACAUUGGUGAGGACACUGAGGAACUGGCAUUAUGGCAACUUUUUGGCCCUUAUGGUGCGAUCGACUCCAUAAAGGUGAUCAAGGAUCCAGAAACUAAGAAAAACAAGGGUUUCGCUUUCGUUAAUAUGCGUGAAUAUGAUGAAGCUGCUAUGGCCAUACAGGCGCUCAAUGGAUACACGCUCAAUGGACAGGUUUUAUCCGUUAGCUUUAAGACGCAGAAAAGAAAUAAUUAGGAUGUGAACGGACGUUCAAAACGCCGUUUUAUUUGUGAUUGUUCCCAGGCCGAAAGCUUAAAAAGAAAGAUUUCAUUCCAAUCUCAAAAUAUUUUUGUAGUCGAGAAGCGAGAUCCUCUAUAUGCAUUUUAAAUUAGUCGCAUAAGUAUUUUUGUAAGAUUUAACAUAGUUUUAUAUUCGCGAGAGAGCGACAUGACUAUCUGUGAGUUUAGUUGGCUUGACAGUAUCAUAUAUGUGUACCCAUUUUAUCGUAUGAUAUGGUAUUAUAUUAUUGGACUAUGUAUGGACCUGUCGCACUAUGUAUCUCUCGUGGGGGCAAGGGCGCGCCCCGCCUCGCUAGCUGCGUGCCCCUGCCCUCACCAUAACCCUCCAGGUAUUUUAUUUUGUGUAAAACAAAGCAUUGUAUGUUUUUUAAUCUUUAAUAAAUUUCAUGUUUAAAUAGA